AAAUAAAAGGAAGUAGGAUUGGUGGGAAGCUGUCUACGUUAGAGAGACGAGAAGGUUGUGCUUUGUAAAAUGGAAGUCAAAGAUGGGUCUUUUGAGUUUGUUUUAUGAGAAAAUGAAAGAAUCAUAGCUCUCAACAGGGCUGUCCACACUUUUACUCUCUCUUUCUCUCUCUCUCAUUCAUGGCAGGACUUUCAGAUUGAUAAUUGGGGCCUUUCAGAGAUGAAGGAACUGUUUGGGAGCCCAGGGAAGCUGAGUGGGUUUGCUCUCAGAAUCGGCCAGUUCUCUUUUGCUGCUGCAUCCAUUGGGGUUAUGGUCUCUGUCCCUGGCUUCUUCGACUCCACUGCUUUCUGCUAUUUAAUUGCAUCGAUGGGGCUUCAAAUUCUUUGGAGUUUUGGACUUGCAUGCCUUGAUUUGCAUGCUUUGAGGUCAAAGAAAAGCUUGUACAAUCCUGUUCUAGUGAGCCUCUUUGUUGUUGGUGAUUGGGUUACUUCCAUUCUCUCACUGGCAGCUGCUAGCUCCUCAGCUGGGGUGACAGUUCUUUAUUCGAAAGAUUUGAACUACUGCAAGUUUCCACCGCAUCUUCCUUGUCUCAGGUUCCAAAUUUCUGUAGCCUUGGCUUUUGUCUCAUGGUUUUUCCUUGCUGUUUCAUCCCUUGUCAUGUUUUGGCUGUUGGGGACAGUAUAAAAAAGAACAAUCUCUCUUUCAAAACGCCGUCCUUCUUGAGCACAUCACGAAGCUUUUAAUACUAACUGUUUUUUUGUCAUUAUUGCUGAGUUUAUAGGUUAUAGACCAGGUCCGGGAAAAAGAGAGGAAAUGUUGCUCUUUUUCAUGCUUCUUGGUUCUCUUUUUCCCUGGUGUAGUGGUAUGUAGUUGUCUGGAGUGAAUGGCUGUCAAUGCAUUUUUAUUUUUCUCUAUGUGAAUAGAAAGCACUUGUAUUGUAGGAUUGAAAUGGUUAAUCGUUGUAUGAAACAGUUUUUUUUCUUUUCUUUUUUUAAAUUACGCAUGAAGAUAAUGUAAAGAGUUGGAAUAUAUUUUUCUUUUCACCAAAAACUUUCAUGUACUAGAAA